AUGGAUCCGUGGUCGUUGUACAUAACUAACAGUGAGCUACCACCGCCCGUAGUAGUGCCGCGUCGGAAGAAGCGUCUAAAGCAAUUGCAGUUGCAACUUGAGCUAGAACUUGAAGAAGACAACGUGAGCGUAAGUGAGACAGAGCGUUCGCUAGUAGAACAAGAAUGGUUCCACGGAGUACUUCCUCGAGAGGAAGUAGUAAGGCUGCUCCGCGCAGAUGGAGACUACCUGGUGAGAGAGACGACGAGAAAUCACGCGAGACAGCUAGUACUGUCUGUAUGUUGGGGACAGCAUAAACACUUCAUCGUACAGACGACUCCUGAGGGUCACUACCGUUUUGAGGGUGCUGCAUUUCCGUCAGUAGCUGAGCUGAUCGCGUGGCAGCGCACAAGCGGAGUUCCAGUGACGGCUCGCUCGGGAGCGUUGUUGAGGCGCGCUGUGCCGCGGGAAAACUGGGAACUUAACAACGACGAUGUACAGCUCCUUGAUAAGAUCGGACGAGGUAACUUCGGCGACGUAUAUAAAGCUCGUCUUAAGAGCACGGCACAAGAAGUGGCAGUAAAGACCUGUCGGGUAGCUCUGCCCGACGAACAGAAGCGGACCUUCCUGCAAGAGGGGCGUAUAUUGAAACAGUACCAACACCCUAACAUCGUGAGGCUGAUUGGCAUCGCUGUACAGAAGCAGCCCAUCAUGAUCGUGAUGGAACUUGUACCUGGUGGUUCCCUUUUAACAUUCCUUCGAACUCGAGCAUCGACUCUCAGCUCCCGAUCUCUAUUAGCUAUGUGUCGAGAUGCAGCCGGCGGAAUGAGGUAUCUUGAGUCCAAGAACUGUAUCCAUCGGGACUUAGCAGCUCGGAACUGUCUCGUAGGUGACGACAACAGCGUCAAGAUAUCUGACUUUGGAAUGUCGAGAGAGGAAGAAGAGUACAUCGUGUCGGGAGGCAUGAAACAGAUUCCUAUUAAGUGGACAGCGCCAGAAGCUCUUAAUUUUGGUAAAUAUACGUCGUUAUGCGACGUGUGGAGCUAUGGUGUAUUGAUGUGGGAGAUAUUCUCGAAAGGUGACACGCCUUACGCGGGCAUGAGCAACUCGCGUGCAAGAGAGAAAAUUGAUACAGGUUACAGAAUGCCAGCACCAGAAGGCUGUUCCGAGGACGUGUAUGCAUUGAUGCUGCGAUGCUGGGAGUACGAGCCGGAGAAACGACCGCAUUUCCACCAGAUAUACACUAUAAUUGACAACAUAUACAAUAGGUAA